CGAUUCCGCACCUGCGCCUGCUCCCGCCCAGACAAUGACUGCAGCCUCAGAGGAGCCAGCCGACCCACGGAUCGCACCACUUCAGGCCAUGUUUCCCGACUUUGACCAAACUGUACUUUCCAGUGUCCUCAACGCGUGUGAUGGCAAUCCGGAUCAGGCGAUCGAGACGCUUCUUGGGAUGAGCGACCCGAGCUACGUGCCUCAGGAGACUGCACAGUCCCGUAAUCAGACUGAGCUAGACGAGCAACUUGCUCAACGCCUUAUGCUUGAGGAAGAGGAGAACGCGGCCCGCUCCGGUCGUGCGAUCCCUGGUGGGCAAAGUCAGAUCCACGUCCCAUAUCUCCCACGUCAAAAUGCGCCGCGUCGCGGAAAUCCUCCUCAAGACGGCGAAUAUCGCACUUCUGGUACAGGCCAAGGUCAAGGAGGGACUUGGGGAGGCGUGGAUACCGCGCACAUCCAGGAUCAGUUCAACAAGUUCGCCGAGAGCGGGAAGAAGACAUUCAGCAGCCUCUUCUCGAAGAUUAAGCAGAAGGUGCAGGAAUUCGAUAAGCCGACUGACGAGUCGGACCCCACGAAUCGGCCAGUGAAUGCGUCGGAGUGGAAUCAGUCUGCUGCGCGUGGCGCUGUAAAUUCGGAAGCCGACGAUUUUACUUUGCGCUCUGCAGCUCCUCAAGGUUCAAAGCCGCAGGGAUACACCGUAGGAAAGGGGCCAUUCCAGCCGCCUGCCGGACCACCGCCAAAACCAGCUGCAACUCGUGGAGGGCUUACAAUCCGUGAGCCCUCUAACGACUCGUCUCAUCCCGCAAUCGGUUCAAGCAGCAGCGCGCCACCUCCGGCGCAGGUUGAUGUUUCCGGUAAGAUCAACUUGCUGCCGAAGAGGCCCGUGGCCCUUGGCGCCGGAUCGAACACGGCCGCCCGGAAGGAAGACGAGGAUGAUUUGGAAUAUGUCGAGAACCCCUUUGAGGACCGGUAAAGUAUUGUACAACUGAAACGUGUUCUCCAGCGUGUAUUUAGAGACCCGUUCUCUCCAGUAAUGAUGAGCUUGGUUAAUUAUAUU